CCUUAAAUACAGGACCAGAAGAAGUCUACGCACAACUGAGAUGGAGAGAACAAGUCUUCUUCAUCAGCGUCUCCGGACCAACUGUUACUACUCCCUCUCUCUCUUCUUCGUCUUCGCCCCUUUCUCUUCUUCUCUCCUCCCAAUCGGCAUCCACCCCCUAGAUGAGAAGUACUAUGCUACGGAGGUGAUUAAGUGCAGAGACGGAUCCAAAGCUUUCACCAGAGACCGUCUCAAUGACAAUUUCUGCGAUUGCUCUGAUGGUACCGAUGAACCCGGAACAUCAGCCUGUCCAACGAGUAAAUUUUACUGUAAGAAUGUGGGAAGUAUACCUCAGUUUUUGUUUUCUUCUCGGGUGAAUGAUCAUAUUUGUGAUUGUUGUGAUGGAAGUGACGAGUUUGACGGAAGCAUUAUUUGUUACAACACUUGUGUCAUGGGCGGGAAUGUUGCAUACAAUACAAUAAACUAUGGAUCGACAACUGCUGAUCUGGGUUCUGUUGAUGUGAAAGUAACUGGAAAGGGAGUGAUUCCGGAGGAUUCAACUCAGAAACUUCAAGGUUUGAAGACACUCAUAAUCAUACAGAUCAUCCUCAUUACUUUUUUGGUGGCUUUCUGUUUAUGCCGUAGACGUGUCAGAUCAAAAAGAAGAUAUCCCCGUUGAACAAGUUCACUCCGAGCUUGCCAUUCUGAAGCCAAAACAUACCAUUAAAUUGCUGACAUUGCCAAAAACUAAUAUCAUUCCUCUCUUCCCUUUUCCAAUACCUCCAAAGCCCCAAUCAGAGAUAAUUUUACAACCUUAACCAUAUUUUCUCCCUCAAGUUGCCUAUUCCUGCCUUCUCUCCUACACCCUGCACAGACCCCUCAUCCCCUUCCUCUUUCUAAUUCCAAUAUUCAAUCCCUUCGCCUUCAUUCUUACUCCCCAGACUCACUGUCUCCUUUUCACUGCAUGACUUGAUUGCUGCUCCUAUCUCAUAUAGGAUACAGCACUGGUAGUGGCUCUUGCAAUUGCAGUCUUCCAUAGGUCUGUGCUGUUGCUGCUCGAAAGUGGUGAUGCUGUAAUUUGUGGAAUUGGUGCAGUCAGAAGGGCCUCAGGGGUGGGAGAAAAGAUGAAAGGUACAGUGGCUAAAAGCCUAAAAGUGGGGGAUUGACAUCAAUGCAGGAAUUAGUGGUGAAAAUGGUCAGACUAUGGGCAGGUGAAGAGAUUUGGAAAGCAGUCGCGAUGGUUCUGGUUUUGGAGACGGCAGAUUCUUGUUGGGUUGGAACGCAGAGUAUUGUAGCACUUUGUUGCGAUUAGUAAUAGUAUCUAAAACUAAAAUACACAUUUAUGCCUUGAGUUUGAAUUUCUGGUGCCUUUUAGAUUUACAUGACCUUUUGAUUAUUUCGGAUUUCCAAAAUCUGUAUGAACUGCAACCAAGUCAAUUAUCCCAUAUGCUACUUGCCACCCCCUUUCAUC